CGACACAAACAAGUUCGAGGUCAAAACAAAGUGUGAAGAGCUGCAGUAGAGCCGCAGAGAGUCCGAACAACCCGCGGCCACACCCGAACCCAGAGGAACUCCUGCUCUACAGAGCGAAGCAGAGGCAUCAAGAUGAUUGGAAAGAUUCUUUCUCAUCUGCUUUGGAACACAUGCGAGGUCUUUGAGGCAGCAGACGACGGUUUUGAGGAGAUGAUGGAGUUUGAGGAGGGAGGAUGGAUCUUUGUUAAUCUCCCAGAGAGCGGGUCGCUGUCAGUCCCUGAGACGGAUCCACUCGAGAACCUGCUGAUCGAACACCCGAGCAUGUCUGUCUACCAGAUGAGACCCAGGAUGAGUGGGGAGGAGGAGGAGGAAGAGGAGCAAGGCUCUGACGAAGAUGAAGCAGACACUCCCAGGCCAGUGGCAGUGAGGCAGCACAUUUCUUGGCGUUUGGCUGCCUGGGGAAUCCCUCUGCCCUGCAACAUCCGGCUGCUGGCUGUCCAGAGGGCCAGGACUCAGGCUGAGGCGAAGAAGCUGAGCCGCAGCUCCCUUCACAGGCAGAAUUUAGCCAAGAUGCGAUUCUCCCCAGCAGAGAAGCGCUACGGCCACUUCAAGCAGCCCUUCCAGCGCCUCUGCAACUACUAACAAGCAGUAAGGAAAGUGCUUGUGAGAGGGUGUGUCUCAGGUUGCCUCCACCACAGCCCAAUGAGCAGCAUGAUGCCUCGACUCCGAAAUACUCUGGUUUCACUGCAACACUGUAAAAGUUUUUAAUUUUGACUUUUAAUGUUGGCAGCCCUCACUUCUGAAAAAGCUGAGAACAAUGAACCUCAAACUCUUGAUAUCAAUGAACGUCAGUCGCUCACAUUGGAAAACAUAAGUAACGUGUGCAGUUACUUUUAAAAUAUAAGCAUAUGUACAUUUUCGAUGAUUUGAGUUGUGUGACUUGUUUGGAUUGUUGUGGUGUGUGACAUGUUUUUACUAUUACAGUGUGUGAUACUAUUCUAAAAAGAACAAUUCUAUCCUGUAGAAUUAUUUUCUCUGACGUAUGAUGCAGUUGGAUGCAGCCAGACUCUGAGUGGUUAGUCCAUGAUUGUAUUCUGUGUGUAUUAUAUUAUGUGCCUUAGCUUUAGACAUUUUUGUGACAAGUAUAUUAAAAAUUACUUUCAUACCAUGUGUACCUGUACAGUAUUCAUAUCAUGUGAAAUUAUUAUCUCUGAAUUCCCUCAAAUGAAUGUUAUUUGUUCAAAUUGAUUCUUAUUAGGGUGUUAUUACAAAACCACUAUUAAAGUUUUGUAUUAAGUGUACCGUUUUGUAUUUUUCAGCUGGUACCCACUUUUUCCAAUCCACACAAAUUGUUUAUUUUUGACUCACUUUUGUAAGUACAGUUGAAAAUUAUGUUUUUCUAUUUUGUGUCUAUUUAUAAAAAUGUAAAAAAAAGUCAAAUAAAUCUUGUUUUCUUAA